AUGGCUGGAUGGCUGGAUGGCUGGAUAGACGGGUGGAUGAUCUUGAAAGGGGAGAAUGGCGGAUUGAAUUCCAAUGCCAGCCACGAUCUCAACAACCGCGCAAUUAGGAAAAUCAACACGUUGCGCACCCGAUUGAUUUUUUCCCAUCUCGAACUGGGGUUCCACGGGAUAAGGUCUGGUGGUAGAGCUGAACCCGAUGUUGCAGUCGAAUGGAGAGGAGGAUCGUGGGGUUAUCUGCUGGCAUGGAGAGCAGCUGAACAUAAGGAUAGCCUCAGAAAAAAUAUGAACAACAACAACAACAACAACAACAACAACAACAACAACAACAACAACAACAACAACAACAACAACAACAACAACAACAACAACAACAACAACAACAACAACAACAACAAAAAAGAACAUUCUUGUUUCAACCACGCCGCCAAAAGCUACCGCACCCGUCCGGUUGUACCCUGA